GAAGGCAUGAGAUAUAUAAUUGUGAAUUCCAAACCCUAUAUUGUGGGAGGUAAGUCUUGCCCCAAGCGUCCUAGCGAAUCUUUUAAACCCAACCUUGAAGUCAUUGACUGUGAACCCACAGAGGGCAACAAAACUACAAUUCCCACGACUUUUGCUCCCAAGGUAAAUCCUGUGGUGGUCACCAUAAAGGAUAAAAUCUAUGUCAUGUCCACGGAGCCUGUCGGGUACGAGAUGGAAGAAGAAUCGCCAGCCCUCUUCGAGGUUUUCGAUCCGGUUACCGGGUUGUGGACAGUCCUCCCCAAUCCCCCCUUCCCCGUUGGUACUGAUGUUGUCCUUUUUGAAUGUUCUUGGGGCGACACCCUCGUUGUGAGGCACUGGUUACGCCAAAGAUAUUACGUUUUUGACACCCUUCAAAAUAAAUGGGAGGAGGAUGAUGCAAUUGCAUCUGGCGUCCCGAAGGCAUCUAUCUCUCGUUUUGCAGAAUUCAAGAACUUUCUGGUUAACGUCUAUUAUUGGGGUGGAGAUGUUAUUGCUUAUAGUUUGGAUCCGAUCAACGGCAUCCCGAAGCCGGUUGGGGAGCUAGUUGAGCUUCGGAAGGUGUUAUGGCAGCCUUGUCUAGAGUUUUCCUCAACUUUCGUCAGCCAUAUGAGUGGUGAUGAUGGGCUUAUGUGCAUAAUGAGUGGUGGCUGGGAUCCGUCGAACAAGUUUUGUGUACGUGUAGUGGUGUUCCAACUGCUCGUUACAAGCCUUGCUCCUGGUGAAGGAUUUCGCGUCAAUGCAGAUAUCAAGGCCAACGAAACUUAUUAUUUCAAAUAUUAUUCUUUCAAACCGACUGGCGAUCUACAAAUCAGCUCAGUUGCAAUGACGCUUGAUCGUUCGGACAAGCAUGACAAUAAGCCUGGUGCAAGUUGCAAGAAUGAAAAUCUUCCUAAGUUUGAUAGGUUUGUACUUAGUGCAUGAAAUCUGAAUAGUUUGGAAUUAUUUUUAUUUAUAUUUAUCAGUAGCGCCUA